CGGAAGUGGCUUGCGCACGUCGAACCGUGGGCGACUCUUCACCGAGGCGUAGGGGCGCCAUGGCCACAGACGAAGAUGAGUUGAAUCUUCUGGUUAUCAUAGUUGACACCAACCCGAUUUGGUGGGGAAAGCAAGCAUUAAAGGGAUCUCAGUUUACUUUGUCCAAGUGCAUGGAUGCUGUGAUGGUGCUGGCGAAUUCCCACCUCUUCAUGAACCGCUCCAACCAGCUGGCUGUGAUAGCCAGUCACAUCCAGGAAAGCCGAUUCUUAUACCCGGGGAAGAAUGGCAGACUUGGAGACUUCUUCGGAGACCCUGGCAACCCGCUUCCUGACUGUAAUCCCUCUGGGAGUAAAGACGGGAAAUACGAAUUGUUGACAGCCGCAAAUGAGGUGAUCGCCGAGGAGAUCAAAGAUCUGAUGACCAAAAGUGACAUAAAGGGCCAGCACACAGAGACACUGCUAGCAGGAUCCCUCGCCAAAGCCCUUUGCUACAUUCACAGAGUGAACAAGGCAGUUAAAGAUAAUCAGGAGAUGAAAUCAAGGAUAUUGGUGAUCAAGGCUGCAGAGGACAGUGCGCUGCAGUACAUGAACUUCAUGAACGUCAUCUUUGCUGCUCAGAAGCAGAAUAUUCUCAUUGAUGCCUGCGUCCUAGACUCGGAUUCAGGGCUCCUCCAACAGGCUUGUGACAUCACAGGGGGAUUGUACCUGAAGGUGCCUCAGAUGCCUUCCCUCCUGCAGUACUUACUGUGGGUUUUUCUUCCGGAUCAAGAUCAGCGAUCUCAGCUAAUUCUCCCGCCUCCAAUCCACGUGGACUACAGGGCUGCCUGCUUCUGUCACCGAAGUCUCAUUGAGAUUGGCUAUGUCUGCUCCGUGUGUCUGUCCAUUUUCUGCAAUUUCAGCCCCAUCUGUACCACAUGCGAGACAGCCUUUAAGAUCUCCCUCCCUCCUGUACUGAAGGCUAAGAAAAAGAAACAGAAGGUGGCCCUGUGAUGAGCUGUGCAUUUCCUGAUCCUGCUGCAGCCAGCUCUCCCUGGAGGGCGCUGCUCUCAUCCUGUGCUUGUAGGGCGGAGCUGACGUGCACCCCAAGCCUCCCAUAUUCCAUGGAAAGGGGACAAGCACAGGGUUAACACUUUCUGUCUGUUGUUCUAAGGUAGCAGUUGCUUAGCAGAAGCCGGCUGGGCCUGGUUUAUCUGUUGUUGCUCAGUUCCUUGGCAGGGUGUUGAAUCCCCGCCUUGCAGGUCCUCGGCCAGCACCCCACUGCUCCGCUGCAGCCGCCUGGGAUUUUGAUCUUAGGUCGUCCUCCCUCACAGCUUGUCGUCUACAUCCUGGGCUUUCUGUACUAAAAGGUGGGCAGUGUGUGAAGUUGGAACGCCACUCAGAAAGUUGGACUGGAAUCCUGAGUCAGGAAGGUUUUGGGUUUGGAUCCUGCCUGGGAUGUGCGCAUAUAUAUAUAUAUAUAUAUAUAUAUAUAUAUAUAUAUAUAUAUGUGUAUGUAUAUAUAUAUAUAUGCAUAUAUGACCCUGUCUUUUAAGAGAAUGAACAUUUUACUUCAAA